AUGGCUGACGUCCAAUGCUGCUGUUCUCAAAUUCGUAUUCCCCAGCACGUCCAUAAGUAUAAAAUCAUUAAAAGACUAGGAAAUGGAUCGUUUGCCGUCGUGGUUCUUGGUAAAGACGAAAAAACAGGUGAACUUGUAGCCAUCAAAAUCCUUGAUAGAAGUCAAGUGAUGUCAAAUGGGAUCUUACAGUAUGUCGAAAAUGAGCUGAGACUUGCUAGCCGUUUUGAUCACCCGAACGUUGUUAAGGUUUAUGAUAUUAUUUACGAGGAAGACAUCAUUAUGAUCAUUAUGGAAUAUCUUCCUAAUGGGGACCUUCAAACAGUCCUUACAAAUAAUACAAUUUUCACCUAUAACGAGCAAGUCAGAAUAACUCACGGAAUAAUCAAUGGAUUGUGCUAUCUACAUCAAAGAAAUGUGGCCCAUAGAGAUAUAAAGCCAGAAAACAUUCUUUUUGAUGCACAUUUCAAUCCAAAAUUAAUCGACUUCGGUUUAUCAAGAGAAACGAAGAGUUCCCUCUCAACAUUUUGUGGAACGCCAUGCUACCUUGCUCCAGAGAUCAUUUUAGACAAUAAAUACAACCCCUUCAAAUCGGACGUUUGGGCGUUAGGUUUGACUAUUCACAUACUUACAAACCUUUGCUUCCCAUUCAGAUAUGAAGGUGAAGCUGAGUACCUUAAGAGUAUUAAAAAUAAAACUCUUACAAUUCGUAACCAGUCACAUGGAAUCCUCGGAGAGAUUAUUUCAAUGUGCCUUGUUGAAUAUCCCAACCGAAGAGCUUCGGCCUCCCAGAUAUUAGACUAUAUAGCCAAGAAUGAUACAGGCAACUUCAAAAUUAGUCAAUCACAGGUUGAUAAAAAACUUCCUGUAUUAACGAUGCCAAGACUCGCUGCACGUAACUAUACACCGGUGGUUAAGGUAUCAUCCCUCAAAGGAAGCCAUGUCUUCAAAAUAACUAGAAGCCCUCUCAGGGUUUAA